AUGUUAUCUGUUUCCGCUCAGGAUACCCGUCACUACCACCCGAGUCAAAACCACCAGACAUACCUCCCUCACUACCGCCCAAUGCCUCACCGUGAAGACACCCCUGUCAUGAGUGUGCCCGCGGGCAGCUCUCCCGCUCCAGGGAAGAGUUCACAGGAUGCCGCGGUGGCUCAAGCUCUCGAGAUCGCCCGCGAGAGUCCGGACGGCGCCUCGGACCCUACUGUCAGCAAGAUUCUCGAAAAUGCCCUCGCUCAGAUCUGGGGCAAGGUCCGGGAUCAGCCCAACACGUAUAUCAUGACACGGGACGAGUUUGCCGUCUUCAACUUCUUUCAACACCGUUUCGUCGGUGACAACGACGCUGUCGGGGCCCGAAGACGAUACUGGGACAACUGCCGCGCUUGA